AUGGUCAAGGAAGAAGAUCGGACCCUUCUGAUGGCCAUUGUGGGUGAUCGGGCGUGUCAUGAAUUCAGGAGCGUCCAUAGAGGGCAGUGUGCGCUACUUCAUUGUUCUCUUGCGUCGCUUCUCGGCCGCGCUUUGCCGGGCCGACUGAGUCUGAGAACAAUGGUUCAUGCCCAUGGUGACAUGGACAUCCGAAAGGGGAGACGCUUUGCGCCCGCCGUGUGUUAUAAGACCGGCACUUUUUGCGAAUGCUCAACUUUGUCUGCCGCAAUGGACUACCUCACAGUCAACCCGCCCCACUCGCCCACAUCGUCCCUCCGGGCCGUCUACGUGCGCUCGCGCCCGACUUCCGAGAUGAACCCCGACGGUUCUGCGACCGAGUUCCAACAGUUUGCUGUCCCGAUGGCACUGCCCAACGUGCGCAUCGCCGAUCCCCCGCGUGCCCACCAUCCCAAACGCCCACGCGCUGUGACCGUGACCAACACUAUCCGCUCGACCUCCUCCGCUCGGACCACCAGCUCUCUGCGCGUUGUUCGACGCGAUGCAGAGUUCACCGCCGCACCGGACGACUCGGUGCAGUGGAUCGGGUCCGUUCGCCAAGGCACCGCGAAGCAAAGCCUGACCGCGCGCCUCCGCGGCCGAGUGAACGUGCUGUUCCACCGCCGGGGCACUUCGCCGGCGCACCCGCAGCCCGCCGACAGCACCGCCGCCCUCGGUCCCCUCACGCCGGAGCUGGUCGAGCAAGCGCGGCUGGAGCGCCUGGCCGACGGGCUCGCCGCGAACUCGCACCUCGCGAUCCCCGCCUCCUUCGCGUCGGUGAACCGCAACAAACGGCUCCCCCCGCUGCCGGUGGAGCACAUCGCCGUGCCGCGGCCGACGUUCGCGACGCUGGCGCCCGAGUCCCGCGAGGCGCGCAUCCGGCGGCUGCACCGGUCCGUGUCGUUCCCGAACUUCUCGAUGGGGGACAUCACGGUCCUCGAGCCGACGGAGCUGUACGAGGUCCCGCUCGAGUGGGGCGUCGAGGCGGAUCUGAGCGAGGAGGUGCUCGAGGCGGUGCACUGUGCGAAGACGUUCCGCGACCAGUAUCAGUAUGUGGAUGCCGACCCGCGGUUUGCGCGUACUCCUGAGCAGAGGGAGGGUGAUUUCAAGGCUUCGCUCGAGUUGUCGAAGAGUACGGCCAAGUGGCAGUAUCUGAAGGUGUAG